AUCGGAUAUUAUAUCACUUCACUCAUCAAAAUGGAACGCCCACUCGCAUCCACACAUUGAACAGUCCACUGACCACGCCCAGCCCCUCAUGGCUCUCACCGUGAUCAACGGCCGCGCCGGUGCCGGAGGAGGCGGGAUCCUCUACCGCUCCCCUGGCCAACCGCCGCACUCCGCCGCUCUACUCCGUCGCCACGUCAUCAUCCCGUACUCACCCAGGACCCUCCACAUUGCCUCUGCCAAGAAGCUCUCUUCCCGCACCGGCAAGUUCGACAGCAGGAACCGGAGGACCUCGACAGCCACCGAGGACGAAGAGAAGGAGGAAGACCAGCUCCCAGAAGCUUCCAACAUCGAGAGGACCGGCCCGGAGAACAGUGCCUUGGAGUCUGCGGCGAGCUCCCGAGUCGAGGGCAGCGACGGGUUCGUCCUGCCGGAGCUCCCCGGCGACAAGCCUGACUUCUGGGAGGGGCCGCAGUGGGACGCCCUGGGGUUCUUCGUUCAGUACCUGUGGGCUUUUGGGAUUGCCUUUGCGCUGAUCGCCUGUGGUAUUGCUGUUGCAACGUAUAAUGAGGGGGCGACAGACUUCAAGGAGACGCCUGCGUAUAAAGAGUCGAUCAAGUCUCAGGAACUGUUGGAAGAACCCAAUUCCGGUUCGGACGUUUUCGAGUCGAACCCAACUGAGGUGGCACCGAGUUUGGAAUAGAAAUCCUGUAAAUGAAUCUGAUUGAGCUCCUCAGUGGGAGUUGCUGCGCAAUUUCAUGGGAGGAACCCAUUCAACCAGAGGGAUGGCAUUAUCAUGGAAUUUAAAGUAUAGAGUUGUCUUUAAUAGCCUGUAAGUUUGUGUACUGAUAUUUUUACUGUUGCAUCUCGCAUUGAUACAGAAAGAUGUAUUGGUUAGCAAGUAGUCGAUGAGCAGAUAUCGGAAAAUGGUGUCUUAUGACUUAUGAUCCACAAUUUGGACUUCUCGAUUACUUUUGGCAGGAUAAGUUUUAAUUUAUCGGGUCAUUUUUCAGUUCA